AUGUCAUACCUACCCUCUUUCGAACACCCCGAAACUGACACUCUUUGCGUUCUUGUCACAGCUGGCUAUGACCACACUAUCAGAUUUUGGGAAGCCCUCUCAGGUAUCUGUUCUCGAACAAUUCAACACCCUGAUUCUCAAGUCAAUCGAUUGUGCAUCUCUCCCGAUAAGCGUUUCCUAGCUGCGGCUGGCCACCACACCGUCAAACUAUACGAUAUCAAGUCAACCAAUCCCAAUCCGCUUCUCACAUUUGAAGGACAUACGGGAAACAUCACAGGUGUUGCAUUCCAUUGCGAAGGAAAAUGGAUGGUAACAAGCUCUGAAGAUGGAACUGUUAAGAUUUGGGAGACUCGAAGCGGUACUGUGCAAAGAAGUUACAGUCAUGGCUGCCCAGUCAAUGACGUAGUGAUUCAUCCAAAUCAAGGUGAAAUCAUCAGCUGUGAUCGUGGAGGUAGUGUUCGUAUCUGGGAUCUUGCGGAAAACAAUUGCUCUCACCAGCUGAUUCCGGAGGAGGACGUACCCGUUUCUAGCGUCACUGUCGCUACUGAUGGAUCAACCUUGUGUGCUGGCACCAACUCAGGCAGCGUUUAUGUUUGGCAGCUUCUUCAGUUUCGCGAGAAGACUCAGCUUAUGCCAAUUACUCACUUCAAGGCACAUAACCAGUACAUCACACGAGUUCUUCUAUCUCCAGAUGUCAAGAAGCUCGCAACAUGCAGUGCGGACCAUACCGCCAAAAUCUGGGAGGUAGAUUUAACAACUCUAGCACCAAAUCCCAACCAGCCUCAAACAGAAGCAAGAGCAUUCAAUCUUGAGUCAACCCUGACGGGACACCAACGAUGGGUAUGGGAUUGUGCAUUCAGUGCCGACUCCGCCUACCUUGUCACUGCCUGCUCCGACCAUUACGCUCGACUUUGGGAGUUGCACAGUCAGUCGGUCAUCAGACAAUACAAUGGUCACCAUCGGGGUACCUUGCUCCAAAAAUUUCCCUCGUUUGCUCCUUCUAACCUGAACUCUGCAGGACUCGUUUGCGUUGCUUUAAAUGAUUAUUCCGAGGCUCGUUAG